AAAAGUGAACAGCAGGACUGGACGCUCGAGACGGUGACGGGCGCGUGCCUAGAGCUCGGAGCGCGCGAGACACAGUUUCACUUUAUUCGCUACGGAUCCUCACCGAACCCGAGACUCUCAGCUGAAAGUCAAGGAUACAAUCCAAGGUUUAGCCCUGGCUCUCUCCUGAGGGAGCGGAAGAAGAAGAGCGAGAAAUCAGCGAGCGAGUGUCUUUACUUUUACAGAGGGAAGGAUGGGAGAGACGGAGGAUGAGAAGAGCCAGGCAGGGAGGAUUUUUGAGACCUUCGUCCAGGCGUCCACCUGUAAGUCCACCCUGCAGGCCUUCAACAUCAUGUGCACGUACCUGGAGCUGGAUCCUCUGGAGCACGACUCGUUUUACAGCAACCUGAAGAGCAGACUGACCUGCUGGAAGGCCAAAGCGCUCUGGAGCAAACUGGAUAAGAGAGCCAGUCACAAGGAGUACAAGAAAGGCCAAACCUGCGAAGGCACAAAGUGCUUAAUAAUCGGAGGAGGACCCUGUGGUCUGCGUACUGCAAUCGAGCUGUCUUUACUUGGUGCCAAAGUGGUAGUGAUCGAGAAGAGAGACACAUUUUCCCGAAACAACGUUCUGCACCUCUGGCCCUUCACCAUCCAUGACCUCAGAGGCCUUGGGGCUAAGAAAUUUUAUGGCAAGUUCUGCGCAGGCGCCAUCGACCACAUCAGCAUUCAGCAGCUCCAGCUCAUCCUCUUGAAGGUCGCUCUGCUUUUGGGGGUUGAGUUCCACGUCAACGUAGAGUUUGUAAAGCUUUUGGAACCUCCAGAAGACCAGGAAAACGAGGGGCCUGGUUGGAAGGCAGAGAUCCGGCCAUCAGAUCACCCUGUGGCUGACUUCGACUUCGAUGUUGUGGUUGGGGCUGAUGGGCGACGAAACACGCUUGAAGGAUUCAGACGCAAAGAGUUUCGCGGAAAACUGGCCAUCGCCAUUACGGCCAACUUUAUCAACAGGAACACGACAGCAGAAGCCAAAGUGGAAGAAAUCAGUGGUGUGGCCUUUAUCUUCAACCAGAAGUUCUUCCAAGACCUCAAACAGGAGACGGGCAUUGACUUGGAGAACAUUGUGUACUACAAAGACAACACACACUACUUCGUCAUGACGGCUAAAAAACAGAGUCUUCUGGAUAAAGGAGUCAUCAUUCAUGAUUACAUCGACACAGAGGCUCUGCUCAGCAGUGACAACGUGAACCAGGAGGCUCUGCUGUGCUACGCUCGGGAGGCUGCUGACUACGCCACGCAUUACCAGCUUCCCACACUGGAGUAUGCCAUGAACCACCUCGACCAGCCUGAUGUAGCUAUGUUCGAUUUCACCUGUAUGUAUGCCUCAGAAAACGCAGCACUGGUCAGAGAACGGUUUGGGCAUCAGCUACUGGUGGCGCUGGUGGGAGACAGUUUGCUGGAGCCCUUUUGGCCCAUGGGAACAGGGUGUGCCCGCGGCUUCUUGGCAGCUUUUGAUACAGCGUGGAUGAUCAAGAGCUGGGCACAGGGCAGAGGGCCACUAGAAGUGCUAGCUGAGAGGGAAAGUCUUUACCGACUACUACCUCAAACAACACCUGAAAAUAUCGCCAAGAACUUUGAUCAGUACACCAUAGAUCCUGGGACACGCUAUCCCAACCUCAACUCCAACUGUGUCAGACCACACCAGGUCCGUAACUACUACAUGUGUGGUGAGUUGAAGACCUGCUCCUUGGAACGAGCCGCUACCAUCCGGCGCCCGGUUAAUCUGGCACGAAGAGAAUCUGAGAUAAGGCCCAGCAGGUUGUUGACGUGGUGUCAGAAGCAAACAGAAGGCUAUCGAGGUGUCAGUGUGACUGACCUUAACUCAUCGUGGACUAGCGGUCUGGCCUUCUGCGCCCUUAUUCACCGUUUCAGAGCACACCUCAUUGAUUAUGAUUCCUUGAACGAAGAAGACUCUGCUACAAAUGUCCAGUUAGCAUUUGACACAGCGGAAAAAGAGUUUGGCAUCAAGCCGUUCACUACGGGGCAGGAGCUUGCAUCUGGCCAAGAGCCAGACAAGAACGGUAUGGUGACCUACCUGUCCAAAUUCUACGAGCUCUUCAGGGGAACGCCUCUGCCAACCUCAGAUUCGAGAAGGGAAACAGCAGGAAAUAAAGAGGAAUGCACUGAAAGAGGUUCUCAACCUAUCUUUAGAUCAAUGAGCUUCACACAGCCACGAAAACGCAUCCCAAAGGAUGACACAAAGGUAGAGGAUAAUGAUUCUUUUUACAAAAGGAGACGGAGGACAGUCUGCAGUUUUUUGGAAAAGGAAAACAACCUCUCCAGUCAAGGCACAUCAUCUGAGAGGCAGGAGCUGAAAGAGAAUAAAGUCAAAUUCAUGGCUUCUCAGCUACUGGCAAAAUUUGGGGAGAGCUCUCCGAGGUGCACUCUGCAUAGGCAGCUCGCUGCAAAUUUUCCGAGCCUUCCAAAACCUCCGUCACUCGAACUGACAGAACUCCCACUCUUCACAAAACCCAGGAAGAAACCCCCACCACCUCCACCUCCUAAAAAACAGAUCCAACCAUCAGCCUGCUCAGCUCCUCUCCUUCCAUUUCCCUUCAACAUCCCUUUCCGUGAAAAUCCUUGCCAAAGUCUCACGCAGCCUCCUCACGCUCCGCACUCACGCUCACACGCUAAGCCUGCCGACACACACAUGCCACCCACAUCACGGUCAGAGAAACCAGAAGCAGACCACGCUGCAUCCUGUCAAUCUGCCAUACUGAACAUGAAAGCAAUGCUGCAGCGGCUGCAAAGAGUGGAGGAAAAGAUCAGCGAGAGGAAAGCACAGACAGAAAACACUAGAGAGUUUCGGAGAAAAAGCAUAAAGGAGAAAGCCGUCCACUUGAGUUCUCUGUUCACUAGUAACAGCAUCGUACCACCUCAGUCCAAGGUAAAGCCUUCUCAAAAAGCCAUUCAGAGUGACUCAGUGACCGGGUCACAUAUGUUAAAUAAUAAGAUUCUUGAAUAUCAAAAAGAAAGAGAGAUGCCGGAGUGGAAAGAAGAUCAAAAUUUCAAGACAUUUAAAAAGUGCACUGUUGGGAAAGUGUCUCUGGUGGUAGAAGCUCGGGCCGAGACUCUGCUUACACUCUAUGAGAACGAUCACAGGCCCAAACACACCUCACCGAGUUCCUUGCGGAGGGAAUUUCCCCAAAACCUGGGUGAUGUGUGUUAUGCGUGCAAGAAGCGGGUGUACGUGGUGGAGCGCCUGAGUGCCGAGGGUCUGUUUUUCCACAGGGAGUGUUUCCGCUGUGAUACCUGCAGCACUCCUCUAUGUCAAGGCGGACAGGCAUUCGACUCAGAACAGGGAAAGCUGUACUGCAAGCUCCAUUUCUCUCAGCGUAAAUGUGCUGUAAAGUGCGACAGGAUAUCGAAGCCAAAGAUGCCUUCUGAGAACACCACCCAGAAAAGUGCGUCUCCUAGUCCAGACGAGAGUGACAGCAGCUUUGUGCAGUCUCCAGGUACUUUGUUCUCCGUGGUGAGGAGAAGCCUGCUCUGGCCGGUGUAUGUGAGCCGGGCUGUGUGUGCCACGCCUCGUCGUGUUUGUAACUGGCUGGGUGGGAAAGUUCAUGCUCUGGGCCAGCACCUCAGGGAAAACGCAGAUGACUACACCGGCUUGUACGAGCUCCUGAGCGUGGGGUUGCCCCUGCUCGUGGCACUCUACGAAAUCCUGCUGCAGAUGCAUGCCGAGACCGGACCUCUCGACCUGCAGCCUCUGCAGCAGUGGGUCGAGCAGCACCUGGGCCGUGGGUUCCUCACGUAGACCGCCAGCUUUUUAUUUUUAUCCUAAAAGAAAUGUUCCAGCAUAAUGAAAACCAAUGGUUAGCUGAGAAUAACACAUUUUAUGACUAGAACAUGCACAUUUUGUUCACCUGACAUGCUGUAUGAAGCUCGAGACGACUGCUGCUCAUAAAUUUCCUUUGCCUGAAAGCUGGGAAUCGAACAGUUGGUCUUGGAGCAAGUUGUUUGCCGUUCUCACAUUACAAAAGUUCUCAGAAUGUUAGAGAAAGGAAGUGCAAAAGGGAAUUUUCCUUUUUUUAAAAAACUGAACUUUAAGCACUUUAAUUAGUGAGCUGCCUGGGAUUGUAUGGAUUGGGAGAAAUGUUUUCUGCAUGAUUUGUACAAUAACUUUUAAUCUAAAACGAUUUCAUGUAUGUGAGAUUGUGUGCGUGUGUGUGUGUGUUUGCUGCAAGUUUACUGACUCACAACUGAACUGAAUCUGCUUUUGGUCUCGUGCAAUGAACCUGCCAAAUCAAACAGAGUUUAUAUUAUCUGACCCAUCCUCACAUUCCAUGAACUGAUACCAAAUGUUUACACAUUUCCUUAUGAGAUUCAAAUGUCUGGUAGAUACGCUUUACUCUCUCAAUGCCUCUUCCUCCCAGUUCAUGGUUCAUGAAUUUCAAGUUAUUUUUCAUGUUUCACUGCUGUAUAUAAUGAAAAAAAAAGAAAACUAAACUCAGAUAGCAUACAGUAUUUGAGGUUAUUUUUGGUUAACGCAGACACAGGAUUGUUAUGUGCCCACGUACUGCUGCCAUCUUUUAUUAGCUAACUUUUACACACUAGAGGAAAGGUAUUAGGUACAAAGGUAAUUACUACACUAUGUUGUAGCGUUGUAGACGCACAGAUUUCCACGCACACGCUGAAAACCGCACACCGUCAAAUCUAAAGAUGCUGAAUACGUGCUUUAGACAGAUCAUGUUCAUGUACAUUAGAUUAUAUCAGGGAUGUCAUUUAGGUAACAGGCUAUAUUAAUAUUUCUAAUAUAAAUGGGCUAUAUAUAUAUAUAUAUAUAUAUAUAUAGUGUUUGUAACAGUGGAUAUUAUCACAAAGCAGCAUUACAGAAAUCAGUUUAAGUAAUGUGUAGAUCAAUUUAAAGCUUUAUCAGUUUUUUCCUAAUGAGCCAUGCGGAUGUGACAGUGGCAACGA